GUCAUCAUCUCUUGAACUUAAACUCUAUCAACAUUCAGUUUCAUUGUAUCCCCGUUGUAUCAAAUGUUCGGAUUAGUAAUAUAGUCCAAUGUUCCAAUUUGUUACAGAUGCAGCCCGUCAGGAUGGUUUCAGAUAUAGAUUCGAAUUCUCCUUGAUCGGAUUUGAAACAACUAACUUCAUCCCCGGCCCCCGCACUAACAGCAGUGCCCAAUCUAAGGGCUGGAUAAAUGUAGAGAGACCCUACAGUGCCGCGGGAUAUGAACCCCUGCAGCUCUGGUGUCCCUCAAACGACUACGUCGUCUGUGUUCUCACUGACGAAACUGGUAACACUGCUGGUAUGCAGAUCUCGGUUCCAAAGGCCAAAUUCACCCCAGCAUUGGAUAUGGACGAACUUGGUUUCCAAACCUGGGAAGCCAACGUUAACGGAAAGACCAUUGAGUAUUACACCAAGACUCAAUACUUCGUGUCUGCUGAUUCUGCCACCCGUAUUGCCUUCGCAAACCCUGAAAAGUCAAUUCUCAGGGAUGCUGACGUAUCGGUAGAAGGAUUCAACGGCGAGCUGCUGAAAAUUUCCACAUCUCAAAGCAACCUGGACAGCAUCUUCACUAAGCAAGCCUGCAUCCCCUGGAUGGGUCUCCACUACUACUACGACAUGAGUCCUUCCCUAGAAUGUAGUGCCUCCACCAUUUUGACUUGGUUCCCCUUGUACGAAAACGAUGCACUUGUUGGUAUGGGCUUCAUGCUUCCUGGUACUUUGACACUGGCUAAAGGAGAUACGGAUUACUUUGAACACCCGACGCAGAGUGACGUCGAGAUGAUCGUGAACUCUGGCCCUCAGUGCUUGUAUAACAUGGUGGGCGCAAGCAGCGUGAUCACCUUGCACACAUACUUUAUCGAAACUCCUCGCCAACUAUUUUGUCUGUAAAACAAUAUCUCGUUUGAAUAGGAACAUGUUUCAUUCAUUCUACAAUCACAUGCUUAGAUAAGUUCUCUUUAUCUUUGUAAUUAAUAAAAACUCAACAUAUAAACAUAUGUAAUAAAAGCUACGUACCUUAUUUUUCGCAGAUAUUUGUACUUAAAGGUUGACUGGUAUAAAAUGCCAUAAUCAUGGUAUUAAGUCCGCCUUACGUAAAAUUAUUUUAUGAUGAACAUGAAAGUUGUAAUUAAAUAAAAAGCUCAAACAGUACCAA